AUAAAUUAGGAAUACUCCCACAUUUAGUUCCACAAACGUAAAAUAGCUAAAAUCACAUCAGGACCACAAGAUUAUAACAGUGGUCUUCAAAGGAGGUUUGCCUUUUUGAACCUGAGACAUUUAGUUUGCUGUGCUCCUGACUGUUUGAAUUGAGAGAAGGACGGAGAGAAGGAUGUUAGAGCUGUCUGGAAGAAAACCUCAAAUUAAAUGUGAAGCAUGGAGGGGGAAAACUCAUGGCUUGGGAAUGCCUUAUAUAUCUAAACAGGUCAACAUCAUUUCCCCCAUGGAUUGUGCCAUCUAUCGAAGGGUGCUUGCUGAACAUGUGAGAUCAUCUGUCAAAAUAAAAAAAGCUAUUGCAGUCUGUAGUGAGAAACCAGGUAAAAAGCCUUCAACAGUGCUUUGCGCAUGUAGCUUUGAUCUCAAUAUGUUGCAGUGGUAAAACUUGAUUCCAAAGUGCUUACCAAUAGAUCUUCCUGCUUUGUUUAUUUUGUCAUUGUCAUGAAAUUGUAGGAUCUUUGAAGGCCAGUAUUGCUACCAUUAUUUCAGUGUGACUCCACAGAGCUCUGCUUGUCUCCUGUCACGGUCUGAAAACUUCUGCAUGCACCCACAGUCACAAAUUCUUUCAACCUCACUCAGGUCUGGAGGAAUGUUGAGUGUCUCUAGCCCUUCUCCCUGGAGAUUAGAGCUCCCCAUGCAUGGCCUCUCUCCUCUCCUCAAACUUAUUCCAUAGUGUGCCCCCUAAGAGCUGCUGCAUUUUUAUCUGAGCCCGGUGAUUGUGACAGAUUGGGCCAAUGAUGCACGCACACACACACACAUUUGAGUACACACAUGUUCGAGGCUCUAUCAGAGGGGAGGUUGCUUUGCCAAGGGAGGGACAGACAGUGCCAGGCUUGGGGUAUAAAACCCUCCCAGGAUGAGACCGGAGUCCUCCCCUAAGCUGGACUCUUUCUCAGUCCUUUGUGCCAGGACACUGUCAGGACCGGCAACAGACGAGCCGCCAGCAUGAAUGACAUCUACAAAGCAGCGGUUGAACAGCUGACAGAUGAACAGAAAAAUGAGUUCAAGGCCGCCUUCGACAUCUUUGUGCAAGACGCAGAGGAUGGCUGCAUCAGCACCAAGGAGCUGGGAAAGGUUAUGAGGAUGCUCGGUCAGAACCCCACGCCAGAGGAGCUGCAGGAGAUGAUAGACGAGGUGGAUGAAGAUGGGAGCGGCACGGUGGACUUUGAUGAGUUCCUGGUUAUGAUGGUGAGAUGCAUGAAGGACGACAGCAAAGGGAAGACAGAAGAAGAGCUCGCUGAGCUCUUCAGGAUGUUUGACAAAAAUGCAGAUGGUUACAUCGACCUGGAUGAGCUGAAAAUGAUGCUGGAAUCCACAGGAGAAGUGAUCACUGAAGAUGAUAUUGAAGAGCUGAUGAAAGACGGGGACAAGAACAAUGAUGGCAAAAUUGACUAUGAUGAAUUCUUGGAGUUCAUGAAAGGAGUGGAGUAACCCUGAGCUGGAGAGGAAAAAAGUUAUUUUGAGUGUCACUGUGACUCCACAGUCAUCUGUGGAAAACUGGAUUUGGCUGCAGUUGAUGGAAAGCAAUGGGUCAGCAAUGCAAACACUGUAUCUGAUUUUUUCGUCUUUUGUAUUUUCUAUCAUAUCUUCCAUUGUUGAAGACACAAUUUUUGACUUUCAGUACAUUGAAUCUGUGUAAACGUGUCUAGAUCACUUAAAAUGUUUGUUGAGACCAAAUAUUAUUUCCCCCAUAUAGCUGAUUUAUGUUGGGUUUUUGCAUUAUGCUUCUAGGUAAAUAUAAUUUUUCAAAGGUUGCAGUCCAGUUCCCAAAAUAAUGUUGAAGAUGUAAAUAAACGCAAAGUAAACUCUUGUUGGAAUAAUCAUUUUAUCCAUAAAAUGCGCCGUAUCCAGUGAGUGUGCAUGCCAUGAUGUACAGUUUCUCUGUGUCUAAAGUCCCAUCAGGAUAUUUCAUUCUGUCCAGGUAUGACUGUCUGUUGCACUUGGAAGGUGCACUCAUGUAAUAAACAAAAUCCGACCAAUAAUAAGA